AUCUUCACCCGCAGCAGCCUCGAAAUCUUGACUUUUGUUGCUGCACUUUGUAGAAGUCACUUGAGAGGUGCCGCUUGCUCUUACCCGACCACGAUCUGGUUCCUGAACGUACACUGCACCAAGGCGUCUUUUCGCUGUCCAGGGUGCUCGCAUUAGACCGAGUUUUGCCACAAUCUACUCACUGCACGAAUCAAACCCCCUCGACCUUUUUUCCCUCCCUGCCGGCCGCCUUUCCCUCCGUCGUGCCUUUGCAUCGAUUAUUUGCUUCCACUACCCUAGAAUUGCAGCCUCAAUCCGCAACACCUGAGUGUUUUCGAUAAUGGCCGAAGUCGAAAUGCCCCAGCCGGUUCCCGGCCCUGUGUCAAACGAAAACGCAGCACCCGCAACAUCUGAUGAUAUCAAGACCAUCUUCCACGAUGUCAACAACUUCAACGUCAAGCACCCUCUGCUCAACACCUGGAGUCUCUGGUUCACCAAACCACCCUCUUCAAAAGGCGACAACUGGAACGAUUUGCUGAAGGAGGUGAUCACAUUCGACACCGUCGAGGAAUUCUGGGGUGUAUACAACAACAUCACAGCCACCUCAGACCUUGCCGUCAAGUCUGACUACCACCUGUUCAAGCGAGGAGUACGACCGGAGUGGGAAGAUCCCCAGAACAAGCAUGGUGGCAAGUGGUCCUACACAUUCAAGGAUAAGAAAGCCGUCAACAUCGACGAACUAUGGCUGCACACUCAACUGGCUGCGAUCGGUGAAACGCUCGAAGACGAUGGAGACAAUGAGAUCAUGGGCGUUGUGGUCAACGUGCGAAAGAGCUUCUACCGAAUUGGAUUGUGGACUCGCACCACCGGAAAGGCUGGUGGUAAAGACACCCUGAUGAAGAUUGGUGCCAGGUUCAAGCAAGUGCUUCAGAUUCCCGACAACGAUCAACUGGAGUUCAGUGGCCACACAGACGCUGCACAUGCAGGCAGCACGCGAGCAAAGACAAAGUAUACUGUUUGAGGAUGGGAAGAAUCAACCAUCCCUGUGGAAGGGUUGGGGGCAUUCUGGGUACGACAUGUUGCUUAGGGCUGGGAUGCCUGGAAAUCAGGCUUUCAAUGGCGUUCGAUCACCGGGGGUGCCAAAACGGGGUUUGAAAUGCGAGGAAGGGAACACCUUUGCAUGUUUAUCGAUGGUAUGAGCAUAGCGACAGGGUGGGCAUUGGAGCGCACCAAGAUACGAGCUUGAUAUUUGAUACAUUGACAAUAGUUCUACUGGUCGAGAGCCGUAGCGGCCGGACCAAUCCAGUGGUAGACUCUGCAUGAUCUGGGGAACAAAGAGCACUCAGCACUUCAGCCCUUCAGCCCUAGCAUAUCAAUGGCCCUAUUCGCGUACUGUUGCCUGGCUGUACCUUUAGGAAUUACUUGGUGAGGCCAAUUAUGUGCUGAUGGCCGUUGCAACGUGCUAGUGGCAAGAGCAUUGACAAAAC